UUGCAGCUCGAACAUUCAUAAAGUGAGCAGUCUAUUUCAUACUUAUAUAUGUGUAAUAGUAAUAGUACAAUUAUAGUAAAGUAUGGAGAAAAAUGAUAUUUACGUGCAAUAUAAAUAAAGUUAAAUAAGUACAUCGAUUUAAAGUAGGAAAGUGUUGUAAAAAUGUCGGGUGAAAUUGAUAUUUUCGAUGAUAACGAGGUGCAAAUGCCUCAAGAUCUUGGGGAUGACGUUGUACAAGAAGUUUUGAAGACUGGUACAGAUUUACGUCAGUAUUCCAGGCAAAUUGAAAAAGAAUUAAAGGAAGUCGAAAAUAAGUCUAUACAAGACUAUAUUAAAGAAAGCGAAAAUAUAGCUAGUCUUCAUAAUCAAAUUGCUGCAUGCGAUAACAUUUUGGAGAAAAUGGAAUCAAUGUUGAUGAAUUUUCAAUUAGAUCUUGGAAGUAUUAGUUCAGAAAUACUGUAUCUACAGCGUAAGUCUGUAGCAAUGAGUCAACAAUUAUCUAACAGGCAAAUAAUUAGGGGUCCACUUAGUCAAUUUAUAGAAGAUAUGACAGUGUCAGAAGCACUUAUAGCAGGGAUAAUGGAUUGUCCUGUAACUGAAAAAGAGUUUUUAACACAACUGCAAACACUAAAUCAUAAAAUAAAUUUUGUAAAGGAACAAAGUUUCAAAGAAGCAAAAUCGUGUUUAGAUGUAAAAGAUAUAUUGGAGAAAUUAAAAAUGAAAGCAUUAGCAAAGAUCAGAACAUAUCUUUUAGAGCAGAUUUAUAAGUGUAGGAAACCUAUGACCAAUUAUCAAGUACCACAGAAUAAUAUGUUAAAAUAUAAAUUCUUUUUUGAGUUCAUCUUAGCAAAUGAAAGAAAUGUAGCAGAGGAAAUUUGUGGAGAAUACAUUAGUACAAUGAGUAAAAUAUAUUAUUCGUAUUUCAAAUCAUAUUCUUCAAGAUUAAUGAAAUUACAGUUCGAGGAGGGGGCUACAAAAGAUGAUUUAAUGGGAGUUGAAGAUAAUGUAGGAAGAGGUAUUUUCCACAAAACUACAUUAAAACACAGGGGCACUGUAUUUUCUAUAGGUAGCAGAGGUGAUGUUUUAAAUUCUCAAUUGGAAGCACCUAUUAUUGUACCUCAUACUGCAUCAAAAACAAGAUAUCAUUAUGAAGCUCUGUUCAGAAGUGAACAGUAUGCUUUAGUAGACAAUGCUUGUAGAGAAUAUUUAUUUUUAACUGAAUUUUUUAAAGUACGUGGUGUUCAAGCAAUGGAUAUUUUUAAUCAGGUAAUGGGGAAGACAUUAAAUUUGAUGGUGAAAAAUUUGCAAUCAUUUGUAGAUGAUUGCUAUGAUACAAUUGCUUUGUUCCUUUGCUUACAUUUAGUAAUGCGUUAUCAAUUAACUUGUCAUAAAAGGGCAGUACCAGCUUUGGAUAAAUAUUGGGAUAAUAUGACAUCAGUAAUUUGGCCUAGAUUUGAGUAUGUUUUCCAAUUAAAUAUUCAAAGUAUAAAAGAUUGUGACCCAUUGAAAUUAACUAGAGAAAAUGGACCACAUUAUAUUACAAGAAGAUAUGCUGAGUUUAGUGCAGCAAUGGUCAGUGUUGUUGAGGGAUUCCCUUGUGAGGGUGCAACACAGUUAUUGGCAGAAUUGAGAGAAGCUGUUCAAUAUUUCUUGUUAAGAAUGGCAGCUACCUUCCCUGAUAGGACUCAGCAACUAGUGUUCCUUAUUAAUAACUACGAUUUGGUUCUCGGUGUUCUAAUGGAGAGAACACGAGAUAAUUCAAAAGAGGCUGAAAGUUUCCGGGAUCAACUAAAUGCGCGUUCUUCAGAGUACGUUGAAGAAAUCUUAAGUCCAUACUUCGGUGGUAUCAUACAAUUAGUGAAAGAAUCAGAGGCUUUAACCGAGAAAGAUCAAACGGAUGAUUUGAAAAGACAAGAAGGAAAAGCAUUAGCGCUCGUACAAUCUUUCACAAAUAAUUGGAAACGAGCAUUAGAAGAAAUUAAUCGUGAAGUACUAAAGUCAUUUCCUAGUCUGGUACUGGGAACAGCGUUGUUUCAACGUGCAAUGACACAAUUGGUGCAAUAUUACAACAGGCUUCAUAAGAUUUUACCUCCAAACGCGCGAACUCAGUUGACAAAUAUUCAUCACAUAAUGCGGGAAAUUAAGAAAUACAAAACGAAUUAUUAAAAAAGACAACACUUUUAUUAUUGUUUACCAUAUACUAUUAUAAUUAACUUAUAAAAAUAUGUAAUUACUUAUAUGUAUAUUUCGAAUGGAAGUAAUGUAGUAAUAUAAUGUAUUAUAUAUCAUGACAAAAUAGUCGUGUAUUUUAAAGUAUUUAUAGAAUUUCAACUUAUUAAUACAACAUGGAAAAAAUAUUUGUCGUGAUAACGAAUUCAGAGGUAAUACUAUAAAACAAAAAAUAAAGUCUUAUACGUGUAUUGUUGACUAAAUAUGUAAGACACCUGACUGCAUUAUUAAAAAAGGUUUUGUUGUUUAUAAUAA